UCUUAUACUCACCUGGUUCGCCUCUCUUUGCAGUCGCUCAGUCGUUCUCUGCUCAGCCUGUUCUCUGCACGUCUUGCAUCUUCUUAUUAACCUGCAUUUCACUGUAAACAAUUUCUUCUUCUGCUCUUGUUUUACUAAUCACUUCCAAGUCUCUUCUUCUCCUUGCUGCCUGUUUUCCAUUUCAUCUAUCUCAGUCCUUCCACCACCUGCUCCUCUGCUUCCUUCAACCAUUCUCCAUCUUUUUGUCUCUCUCUACCUUCUUCUCUGCAUCCCACCACACCUCUGUCUCCACCAUGAGUCUGAGUCGUACCAAGCGAAUCAGCUCCAGUAGCUCCGUCCGGACCAGCAGUGGGUCAAGGAGGCUGAGUGGUUUCGGUCCUGGUCAGGGGGGUUUCAGUGGCAUCUCCCUGAGCAGCAGCUCUCUCUACACGAGUGCCAACGGGCACCACCACGGCCUCGGUGCCCCGCUGGCCUCCCUGUCGGUCAACAAGAGCCUGCUGGCCCCCCUCAACCUGGAGAUCGACCCGAGCCUGUCCAUGUGCCGAGCCCACGAAAAGGAGCAGAUCAAGAGCCUCAACAACCGCUUUGCAAGCUUCAUUGAUAAGGUACGUUACCUGGAGCAGCAGAACAAGAUGCUUCAGACCAAAAUGGAUCUGAUGCAGGGCCAGGUGGUGAACCGGUCCAACGUGGAGCCCCUGUUCGAGGCCUACAUGGCGGGUCUGAGGCGCCAGAUGGACCUGGUCAAUAAUGACAAGACCAAACUGGACGGGGAGCUGAGGAACAUGCAGGGCUUGGUGGAGGACUACAAACACAAAUACGAGGAAGAGAUUAACAAGAGAAACAACCUGGAGAACGACUUUGUUAUCCUGAAGAAGGAUGUAGACUCAGCUUACCUGGUAAAGGCUGACCUGGAGGAUAAAGUGGGAGCUCUGACUGAUGAAAUCAACUUCCUGCGCAAUGUCUAUGAGGAGGAGCUGCGUGAGCUGCAGGCGAGCAUCAAAGACACCUCGGUGGUGGUGCAGAUGGACAACAGUCGCAGCCUGAACAUGGAGCAGAUUGUAGCUGAGGUCAAAUCUCAGUACGAGGAGAUCGCAGCCCGCAGCAGAGAGGAGGCUGAGGAUUGGUACAAGAGCAAAUUUGACCAGAUGUCGGUGCAGGCGAGUCAGUAUGGAGACGAGCUCCGCAUCGUGAAGGGAGAGGUGGCUGAGGUCAACCGACUGAUCAGCCGGCUGCAGAGUGAGAUCGAGGCUGUCAAAGCUCAGCGUGGCAGCCUGGAGAACCAGCUGGCUGAGGCUGAGGAGCGUGGAGAACUGGCUGUGAAAGAAGCCAAAGCCCGGACCAGAGACCUGGAGGACGCUCUGCAGAGGGCCAAACAAGACAUGGCCAGACAGCUCAGAGAGUAUCAGGACCUGAUGAACCUGAAACUGGCUCUGGACAUUGAGAUCGCCACCUACAGGAAGCUGCUGGAGGGAGAGGAGGACAGACUUGGACAACAGACCGUCCUCAACAUCCAGUCCAUUUCCAGCUACAGUACUAAAAGUACUAAUGGCUACCACAGUAACAGCUGCUCUCCUGCUCCAAAACUUCUGAUAAAGACAACCGAGACCAGAGACAGCAGCCGAUACAGCACUCACUGAGACGACACACAAGACAUGCAUGCAGUGGUGGAACUGAACUAAGUAUAUUUACUCAAUUACUGUACUUAAAAGGGAACAUCACCUAAAUGAAUAAUUCAAAUAUGUUAAAAUUUGAAUUUAAAUAUGUUAAAGUAAACCAGAGAAGGAAGUCUCAAACUUGCGAUGUCAUAAUGGAUAAAGUUUUGAGCUGCUCCAAAGACAAUGCAUGGCAGCCUGAUUUUAAGAACCCCCAAAAUGUUUUUUUGUUUUUAUUUAUACUCAAAUGAGCUUUAUUCUAUUGUAGUUGUAGGAGCUAAGUCUACUACUUGCAGCUACUGAGAUAUUUAACCUGACCUGGCUGACACGCUUGCUUCAGUUGAUGCCUCUGUUUCCUGACCUGCAGGCUCCAGUUGCAGAACAAUCAUCCUAUUUAUUCAUACCAGCAUGCAAUUUCAGGCAUGGUAUCAAAGCAGGCAAUUUCUUUAUUUUCAUCAAAAACUGAACACACAACUGUCGAGCAUGUCGAGCAAUCUUUCAUCAAAAACUGACUUUACACCUGAUGACAUCACAAAUUCGAGUUUUAGCACUCUAGUUUUUUUGGAUUUGGGAGAGAGCUCUUUUUAAUUUACAAAUAUUUUUGGACAGUCUUAGACCAUAGGAAUAACAUGUAUACAUUUUUAAAUAGACGCAGUUCCCCUUUAAGAAGAAAUACUUUUCUUUUCAUGCCACAUUAUACUUCUACUCCAUUCCAUUUUUACUUUUUACUGCACCACUGCAGCUUUAGUUACUAACAGAUUAAGAUUUUUGCAAACAUUAUCACGAGUUUAUAAAAUAUGAUACAUAUAUUUGUCCGCUAAUCAAAUAGUUGAGGUACAAAAAAUGAACUAUUUUGAUGGUUGAAGUUAAUAAGUUUGAUAUACAUUAAUCUUGUGAAAACAUUUCAUGGUAUUAGCUUUACAAAUGUGCAGAUUUUGCUGCUUUUUCUUUUAAUAACAUUAUUAAUUGUUGUGUGUUAGUAAUAAUAUGGAGGACUGGACUGUUGGUUGGACAAAACAAGCAUUGUGGGUAAUCGUGACAGUAUUUCUUAUUAUUUUCAGAAUUUUUACAAACCAAACAAUCAAUCAAUGAGUGGAGAAAAUAAUCAGCAAAUUAAUUCAUAAUGAAAAUAAUCAUUAGUUAACAGUUCAAAAUGAGCUCCAACUCAACCAGCUUCAACAGUAAAAUCUUGCUUUGAAUGCACGAGUCAUAAUAAUAUAAUGAUAAUAUAUAGAAUAGUUUAUUUUUCUCCUGUUAUUACUUACAUUUACCCGAUUAUACUUACAUACUUUUGCCUGAGUAACAUUUCAAUGCAGGACUUUUAUGUGUAUUGUGGUAUCAGUACUUUUACGUGAAGAUCUGAGCACUUCCUCCAACACUGCAUGCAUGUAUCACUAUACACACUCGUACACCCACAAUAACCAUGUGGAUGCUUCACAAACACACAUCUACAGUUUCAUUAUAAUUUUCUAACAUGUUUCUAAAUGUGUAAGGGUGCAGGUUAGUUACUAACUUUUACUUACUGUAGAAAAAAGGAAAAAUAAAAUCAUUUAUACAUCUAAAUAUGGAAAAGUAAGCACGGGGAAUUGUUGUUUCUAAUAUAAUUUAAACUAUAUAAAGAUUUUAAUGUGUUAACUGUAGUCAGUUGGGUCAAUUGUAUCUCAGACUUUAGUUGUACUUAGCAGCAUGGGGUCUUUAACCCUCUUUGGUUCCUAACAAACACUGUAAUAGACUGCUCUAUUAUUUGUCUAUGCUAAAUUGAUGUGUGGUGAGAUGAUAAGAAUAUAAAAAUACUGUAGUCUUGGAGAUAAUUGUUGGGGAUAUCCUGCUAGAAGUGUGAUUAGAUGUGCAUUUUGUGUCCAACACAGAAUAUUGUUUCUUUAAUUUGCCAGCUUAAUGUGACUGUUUUUGACUCUAAAGUUCAACAUUUUCUUGAUGCUAUUAUCAGAUAAACAUGUAGUCUUCAUCUACAUAUGUGACCACUGGGUUUAAAGUGUUUAUUACUUUUCGGCUGUUGCUUUAACAAAUAAAAUAAAAAAGGAAA